AUGGCAGAUUAUGUAGAAUAUGACAGUGCAGGAACCUCAGGGGAAGAAUAUAAUGAAAGAGUUGAGAAGAAUAGUGAUGAAAGUGAAGAUAGGCCGAAAGUAUUAGUGAAGAAACGUAAAGGAAAGGAAGAAGAGAGAGGAAAAAGGGAAGAGAAAUGGAAACUGUCCGAAAUUGAAAAAUUUCUAGAGUUGUAUGAGCUGUACCGUUGCUUAUGGGACUAUAAAGUAGACGAAUACCAAGACAGAAAUGCAAAAGAACACGCAUGGGAUGAAAUUGUCCGUGGUAUGGAGAAACGAGAGUUCACAGUCAAGAAGGCUAAAGAUAAAAUACGCGUUCUUCGCAACACAUACAGCAACGAGCUGACUAAGAUCUAUAAAAGCAAAGUCUCAGGGGCAGGUCUUGAUGAUGAGCAAUCAAGCACUCAAAUUCAGCAAGAUGAUGCAGACAAAGAUGAAGAAACUAUCUUUGAAGAUGUUCAAGAUAUCCCUUCUUCAUCUAUUCCAUCUACUUCUACUGGUUGUAUUAUACGUGAGAAGCCCUCAAGUGCUUCUAAGCAAAUUCCUUACGCCAAACCGAUAUCAAGAAAAGUAGCUGGUGAACGCCUAGGAAAAAUACAAAACGCAGUACAACAACUGAAGGACAUUUCAGAUAAGGUUCUUGCACCUGAACUUAAAAAAGAUAUGUGCGAGUAUGAAUUGUUCGGCCAGUUUAUUGCCAGUCAGCUAAAAAAGCUUCCCGAGAUAAAUGCUUUGGCAGUAAUGCAAAAAAUUCAAACGUGCCUCAUGAACGAGAGGAUGACCGUUGCUCGCGGUAAUUCCAUGUCACACUACCAAUGGGAACACAACUUAACUACAUCCUCUUCCAUGGUGUCUCCAAAUCAAGAAGAUUCAAUUGAACUUGGCACAAAAGAUAUCUUAAGUGAAGCCCUUAGUAUGUUAUAA